AGUUAACCAGCAGCAUCUCAUCAGCAGGGAAGGCGUGUCCCCCUGCCCGGACUGCUCUGCGCCCCCUUUGUCCUGCUGCUGCUCAGCCAGCGACGACUCAUGGCGGCUGCGCCCGUCAGGCAGCGCCCUGGGCCGGGGGGAUCGCGCGCCCAGCUCCCGCCCUGCUACUACGAAGGCUACCUGGAGAAACGGGGACCCAAGGAGCAGGCGCCCACGCGUCUGUGGACCUGUCUCUGUGGGAAUGCCUUGUACUUCUUCAAUAAUGCCAAGGACGCGCACUAUGCGGAGAAGCUGGACCUCAAUGGGUUUGUUUCCCUGAAGGAUGACUGCAGCCGGGACAAGAACCUGGAAGCAGCCAGACUCAUCCUGCGCAUGAAGGAUGGAGAAACCAAAAUAACAGCCCCCAACUUGGAAUCCAGGGAGCUGUGGAAGGGUUUCCUCUACUCGGUCACAGACCUCAACGUUCCCUCCAGCCUCACCUUGCUGCCCGGCCAGCUGCAGAUGCUGAAGGAGGUGGUGGACAAGGAGCGUUCCAGGAGGAGAAGUCGUACUCCAACACGAGCACCCCCUUCGCCUCUCUCUGUCCCUCUAGUGGGAGAGAUCCCCCCGUGUUUUCGCCCCGUGUCCCGAACAGAGGCCGAAGUCCUCCUGGAGCGACACCCAGACUGUGGCAACAUGCUGCUGCGGCCCGGACGGGAUGGAUGCUCGCUGGCCGUCACCACUCGACAGGACCUGAACGGGUCCGUGUUCAGACAUUACCGAGUAACACAGAGGGACCAGGGGGGCUACGUGAUUGAUGUCGAAAACCCGAUCCCCUGCGCAACGCUUCACGAUGUCAUCGACGCCUUGGUGGAGAAGACCGCCGGAACUCUGCAGCCUUUCCUCCUGGAGGAGCCUUACGAGGAGAACAUCAGUGAGUACACGCCCGGCAGCAUCAAGUCCCGCUCGCCUUUUUCCCCGCAGCCGCCUCCUUUUGCCCCCUCAGCCUACGUCUCUGCCAACGACGAGAACGGAGAGCGGAUCCUCCACACCGCGCCCGCCAGCCCUCUGCCCAGAGCGCCGGCGCUGCCCCCCAAGCAAGACCGCUGGUCCGGCGUUCCCCUGCCUAGAUCCCCCGCCCCGGACCGCCGGAUCCUGACCUCGCCCGUGCCUGCCUCGCCCACCAACCCCAUGAGACGCCUCAUCCUGUCGCCUUCCCCUCUCGCACAAAGCCUCAACGAGGAGCUGAAAAUGAAGCUGGAGAAGAGACGAGCCAGCCAGGAGUGACACGGGGACCACUCCCCUCCUCACCGCAGCUAGGUAGAUCACUCCUGUGCCUUGGAAGGUAAACGUACGCACCCGAGACCCGUGAAGUGGUCACCUUCUGUAAAUGGUAAAGAAAAACUGAAUACCAUUAUUUGCAAAUCCCUUUCAACUCAUUUAAAUAGACUGCAAAGACGAGAUAUUUAAGGUUCACACUGGAAAAGUUUAUUUUUUAGCAAAUAUUAGCUCAUUUGGAAUUGGAUGCCUGCGACAUGUUUCAAAAAAGCUGGCACAAGUGGCAAAAAAGACUGAGAAAGUUGAGGAAUGCUCAUCAAAUACUUAUUUGGAACAUCCCAGAGGUGGACAGGCUAAUUGGGUAUAAAAGCAGCUUCAGUCGUUCACAAACAAGGACGGGGCGAGGCUUCACCACUUUGUCAACAAAUGCCUGAGCCAAUUGUUUUAAGAUCAACAUUUCUCAACCAAGCUGUUGCAAGGAAUUUAGGGAUUUCACCAUCUACAGUCAUACUUGCUAACCCCGAGACCUUCGAAUUCGGGAGAUGGGUGGACGGGGUUGGGUGGAAGCGAGGGGUGACCGGGCCGCAGAAGAAUUUUUUAUUAAAUUAAAAAAAAAAAAAAAAUGUUUUUUUUUUUUCAAA